ACUCUCAUCACUGAUCCUGCUGUUACACAUUCAAGGUAUGAAACACAGUUUUGUUAUUAUACUGAAAUACUUCAAUUCGUUAUAUAUUUUUUAAAAGUAUGUCAGAUUUUAAACUAGUUUAGUCUCAUUUAAUGUACAUUGCUGUACUCCAAAGACUGGAUACUGUUUGGAUCAGUCUCUAAAAUGUUUAAAGUGAGUUUGUGUAUUUAAAACUGAACUGAGAGAUUUGUAUUUGAGAACAAAAUUGAUGAAUCUGAGUUAAUAUCCUUACAGGACUGUCUGAAUCUCUCAUCUCACUCUGUAAUUUUAAUGAAGUUAAAUACAGAUAAGCUACAAAUAUUAUUAAUGUUACGGUUUCUUCUUCAGGGUUCCUAACAUUGGAUAACUUUAAUGUAACCUGUGAUGAACAGAAUAUUUGUGCUGAGAGGGGAGGAGUGGUGACAGUGAGGUGCGAUUACUCAAACAUCAACAUCAAAACUGGGUUCUGGUUCAGUCAGAAACAGAGAACAAACUGGAGAAACAAAGAUGAACCUGAAGAUUUGACUUUAGAUUCAGAUUACUCAGGACGAGUGGAUCAAGAGAUCACUAAAAACAACUCACGACUAACAAUAAGAGAUCCAAAAGAGAGAGACAGUGGAGAAUAUCAGCUCAUGGUCAUUAUGAAGGAUGGAGUUAAACAUCUCAGCUCAGUCACAGUCAAUCUAACAGUUUCAGGUUUACAGGUGAAGAUGAAUCCUGAAUCUACAGGACAGCGAGUAAAACUGAGCUGUGAUUCCUCCUGCCCUUUAACAUCUGAAAAUUAUUACUACUGGUUCAAGAAUGGACAAUAUUUUACAUUUGACCAAACUAUAUUUGUGUCAUCCAGUGAAAACACUGACAGUUAUUCCUGCUCUGUGUCUUUUUCAUCACCCUCUUCAUCUGUGUGUCUUUCUAACAGUAGCUGUUGGGGUGUGACUUACACCUCUACAGAAGUUUGUGCUUUAGUGGGAUCAACAGUAGAUAUUCACUCUUCAUACUCACAUCCCACUGGAUAUACAGUAGAGAAAACAUACUGGAGUUUGCCAUUCACUCAUUUGGAUCUGCAUGAGGAUCAUCAGUUUGCUGGUCGUGUGGAGUAUCUGGGAAACACACUGAGAAUAAAAAAUGCCAGCAUGAGUGACGCUAAACAAUAUCACUUUAACCUCAUCACUAACACAUCAGAUAAAGUUUCUGGUUAUCCUGGAGUCCUUCUUACUGUUACAGAUACGAUAGACACAACAAAUGAAGCAGUGGACAGCUCAGUGUUUCUCUCUCUGUUGGUGUUUCUGCCUCAGUUUCUCAUCAUUGAAGCUCUGUGGAUGUGGUAA